AUGUAUUCAAUACCGUUCAUUGGAAUUAUAUUAGUUAUUGCGGUUUUAAGUCUUUCAAAUACUCGAAAUAUGUUUACACAUCAAUUACAUACAAAACGAAAAAAACGCUAUUCAAUUAGUUAUGAUAGAAAUGAUGUUAAAAAUCCGUGUAUAAAAAUUCAAAUGCAUCCAUUUUCACAUUUAGAUACUAAUAAAUAUAUUCGAAAUGAAACAACAAUACCCUUACAAGACGAUGAAGAAUUAAUUAAAUCCGAAAUCUUAAUAGAAUUUUCGGACAAUGAUAUAAUUGAAUUACGUUUAGAACAAGAUUUUGAUUCUGACAACGAUGGAGAUUAUGAAAAUGACAAUUGA